CCGAGAGCCAUCCUGUUGCUAUAUAAGAUGCACCCCACGGCCAAAGAUCCAUCCAUCCACACUUCACGGCAUCCAUUCCAGAGCAACAGCAGGUUCAGUUUCAGUUUCCAUCUGGUUCGAGUGGUUUUUCGGUCGCUUGCCAAUGGCGGACAUAGCGAUGCUGGUGGCCGACGAGGCGUUCGAGAAGAGGCUGCAGCGAGGGGCGCCCUUCGCCGGCGCCGGCGAGGAGGCGUCCAAAGGACGGGAGAACUUCGGGGCCGUGGCCAAGGUGUGGGGCUCCUGGGCGUCGGGGGUCAAGGUGCGCGUCGCGCUGCUCGUCAAGGCCGACGUCGCCGAGCCGAAGACACCGGUCGCCAUGGCAGCCUUUGACGGCUUAUUCUCUGCUUAAUUAGUCAUCUCCUUCUUUCUGAAAUGGAGUUAAUUUGGAGGAGUUUUACCUGUAUCCCCACUCCUCCUCCCCUGAGUCAAUUUCAGUAUUGACUCGUCACUUGUAUAUACCCAUGAUGUAGUUUACUGAAUUGCAAACAUUUGUACUGCGCUCAUUUCUGAAUUGGGGCACUUUUACUGUUCAA